AGCCGCGGGCUCUGCGCCGGCGGGGCACCCAGCCUCUCCUACCAGGAGCUCAAAGACUUGAAGAAGAUCAACGUUCUCCACAUAGACGUGCGGGAGAGGUGGGAGGUCGACAGAUUCGGAAGAAUCCCCGCAUCUGUCAACAUACCGCUGGGUGAAUUAGUGGAAGCUCUGCAGAUGGACCCAACGGAGUUCAAAGAGCAGUACAAUCAAAAGAUGCCAUCCAAGUCGGACCCAGUGGUUUUCUCCUGUUUGGCAGGAACAAGAAGUAAACAAGCAGUCGGUUUUGCCACAUCCUUGGGUUUCAGCAGAGUUCAGCAAUAUGCUGGUGGCUUUGAAGAUUGGGUAAAACAUGAACCUCCAGAGAAAAAAUGA